AUGGUGCGCGACCAUAUGGAAAGGCGGCGCUGCCAUGUUUGCUGGGAGCGUGGACACAUCUCGAUGGACUGUCCGGUCCGUCAAGGUCUACUCCAUCUGGCGAAUAUGGCCGCUGAGCUGAAUGAUCGGAUACGCCGACCUGUGCCGAUUCGAAUGUAUCGAGUGAAUACCCAUCGCCGUCAGUAUCGCCCUCGCCGCAGGCAUGGCCGAGGGCAGAACAGUGAAAGGAACCAUACAGGACGACACGAACUACCCCCUCGCCCAGCACAUGUUAACUCGGAGCUCAACUACGAAGAUCGUGGCCCUUAUCAUCGCGAUGUCCAUAACAGUCGUCCUGCUCGUCCACCGGCAGAUAAUAAGGAGAACGUUCGCCCAGCCCCUCCCGCUAACCCAGCUCACUUGCAUACAAGCGUGGCCUAUGACAGACAUGAUCUCAAUAUGAGGCUCGAUUCUUCCAUUGCUGCUCCGGGAUCAUCUGCACUUGCUACUGACACUAAACUGGAGUCAGAGUCAGGUAAUCCGAUCGAACAUUCAGAGAACCCUACCUCCGAUUAUCUUCAGACGAGCGGAGCUGAGGACGUCCAAGCCACAUGCAGUGAUACCCUUGCUACUUCAAGUGAGAGCGACACCCCUGAGAAUCUCCCAAGCUUGUCAUUCAACGUCCCCGGGGAUAUUGUGAUGACUGGGGAGUCACAAGCUGUGAUGGACGACUACUGCAGUGAGCUGUUUACGAUUGUAUGA